AUGAUGACUGGUGGCGAAAGUUCAAAAGAAGCGGCAAUAAAAGCGCCCGAAGAAACACCGUCAAAAAUGUUACGUCAGUUGUCAAGAGCUCUUGUUCAGCCUGCGUUAGACCAACACUUAACACCAUUGAGGCAAAGAGCUGGCACACCACGAAGACGAAGAGUUUCUACCCCACGUACGCCACGGACACCGCCAGGAUUUGUGCAAAAAUCUCGAACUGCACCUGAUGUGCCAGGACCAAGUAAUAUCGAGGUAAAAGAUAUAGAACCUGAUGAACAUAAUAUCGAGAUAAAAGAUAUAAAAUCUGAGGAACAUAAUAUCGAGAUAGAAAAUAUAGAGCCUGAAGAACAUAAUAUCGAGAUAGAAGAUAUAGAGCCCGAAGAACAUCGUCACAUUCUAGAUAAUGAUGAUGAUAUUACAAAUAUCUAUAGUGAUCAAGUUACAGAGACUAUGGAAUUCACUGGAGAGAUCAAAGAUAUAGAACUUGAGGAACAUCGUAUUACAAAUGUUUAUAGUGACCAAGUUACAGAGACUAUGGAAUUCACUGGAGAGAUCAAAGAUAUAGAACUUGAGGAACAUCGUAAUAUUCUGGAUAAUGAUGAUAAUGAUGAUAUUAUAAAUGUCUAUAGUGAUCAAGUUACAGAGACUAUGGAAUUCGAUGAUGUACAGGAUCAGGAUCAGGAACAACGGUGCCCAAACCCAGAGGACCACCACAACUUCCCCAUUCGCUGA